CAUAAAAUAAUUUUUAUAUAUAAUGUUCAUCUCGCGCAAGGCGCGGGUCUUAACCUAGUAGUUAGAUACUUACAUUACAUAGCUAAACAAACGAGAAAAAUCAAUGCAUACGCUCACAUCACUGCAAAACGAAAAAGCCAAUAUCAAACUAUAUAUGUCCAAAAGCAGUCACAUGUAGAUCAUUCUUUUAUGUACUCAGCAAUAUUUUCGUUUGCGCCAAUUGUUAUAAAAUAUUAGACUUGGAUCCAUGUAUAUUUGUCUAUUUUGAUUUUUUUAUGAAACUAUAUGUCAAAAAGUAUAUAUUUUCCAAUUAAAAAAGAACUUUAGCCCAAAGAUUAACAAAUACUUUGAGGGCUCCAAUGCAAUGUUUGUAUGGACCAGCAUCAAAGACCGGUAGCCAGGGGUGAAUCUAGAACAUAUUAUUGGGGUGAAUCUAGAACAUAUUAUUAGUGGGUGCGUAUAUUAGUACAUUAUUACAUAUACGAAUUAGUAGGACAACAUCAGAAAUAUACAGAAUUUGGGUGCACAAUUGUGUUUUGGUUAAAUAGCAAAAUUUAAACAAAAUUCCUUAUAAAACUUUUUUUUUAGAAAAGAAUGGGUGUACUUGCACUUUUAGUCCUCUAUCUGCAUUCGCCAUUGUCGGUGGUGAUAAACCAAGAAUAUUUUUUACCGAAAAUAAACUAUCAAUUUAAAAGAAACAAAACCCAAAAGUCUAGGAUUCUAACUUUGUUUUUGAAAAUCCUGAUAAGAAAUUUUACAAGCACUACUAGUGACUCUUUAGCAAUUUAGUGUACAAAUAAAUAUCUAUGAAAAAUUAACACGUAUCACAUAUACACCAUAUUUCCAUAAAUCUGCCACUAAACGACUUUUAGUUAAACAUACAUCAAUUGGUUUACUAUAGUACUUAACACUUUAAAUCAUACUAGCUAGUACAAUCUAGUUAAAUUGUUCAAUAAAUUUGAUGUAAGAUAAACAAGGAGGUAAUCUGUGGAUAUAAUUUUUGGAUGGAGACAAAUCUUCGGAUAACAAACUUAACAUAAUUGACCAAAUAUUCUUUCGAUGAGUCUAAUGCAAGAAUAUCGUUGGUCAAAUAUAUGUGGUAUUUGAAUAUGGAAAGAGAUACUAAGCUUGAUUCUCAGUGAGAAUAAAUAAAUUUAACCGUUGAUUUGAUUGGACAAUGGUUAAUCGGAUGAUAUGUUGUUGAUUUAGAGUAACUUAAAUAUGGAAUUGGCCGUUUGGUAUAAAAACAAAAAGAAAUGCAAGAUUUUAACCUUAAAUGUUGAUUUCAUCAAUAAAAUAUGUUUUGGUAAAAUGAUUGAUAACAAUUGUGGGUAGAUUGCGAUUAUAGUUUGGUAGGAGAAAUUAAAAAUAUUCAUUAAACAUUGUUUUGACGAUGAACUAAUCCGCAAUAAAAAUACUAAAUAACAAGUGAAACACACAUUUGCCAAUAGAGAUAGUGAGUCUCUACCAAUUAUAAGGAUAUGAUUAUUAUGAUCUACAAAUGUUUCAUAAAUCUAUUAGAAUUUAUGUACCAUUUUGACACCAAUUUUUCUAAGAUCAUUUUUAAAAGUAGAAUAAACUUAAAGAUUCAGUUAAAAUCUCCAACUUAAAAAAAAAUAUUGUCUUUAAUUUAUUUCUUCUAGGUUACACAGUAGUUGAAACAAAAGAAAACAUAUUAUGAGUAUACUUAUCUGUUCUUUAAGAAAAAAAAAAUUCGAAAGUGUUUUCACUUUACUUAAAAUUUCUAUUAUCAAAGUAAUGGCUAUGUAAUUCCCCAAAAUUUUGUAUUCUCAUGUAAUAUGUCAAUUUAUUAGCAGUAAAACUAGGUGAUGUUAUUCGAUUAGAUUAAAGGAAACAAAAAGUAAUAAUAUAAAUUAUUUAUUUAUUAAAUAUGAAUUUUAGUUCAAUGUGAUUCUUUUUGAUGUUAAAAUAAUAUUGAAACAUAAUAAAAUGUAUAUGAUAAUAAUAUUUUAUUAAAUUUAUUCUUGUAUCUAUAGUAGGUAAACAAAAAGACAAAGAUUUUUAAAUUGGUUUGAGUACAUCGUAGAAAUGAAUUUACAUAUAAUAAAAUAUAAAAUAUAUCUUCUCAAAAUAAAUUAUAUUUUGCUUCUUAUUUUUUAACAAAAACAUAUAUUUUUCUUAGCUUAAACUUUUAUAUAUAUAUAUACACAUAAUUGGUACUCAGUACUUUGUAUAAGAGGUAGUAUAUAUCUCUAAUACGUAUUUGAAUGAAAUAGAAUUGGAAUGGCCAUUUAUUCUCAUUUGUAAAAUAUAGUAUGUAUGACCUUCUCCAAUAGAAAUAUAUAUUUUUUUCUUUAUAUUCCCAUUUAUAAAAUAAUUUUAUUUUGAAUUAUUUUCACACCACCAUUUUUUUUUUGAAAGAACGCACCACCAUUUUCUAUAUAACUGGUGAUUAGUUUGUGAAUUUACCAAAAAAAAUAUUCUUACAAACUAUAACAACAAAAAAUUACUUUCUGUGGUAGAGAACAAAUGGAUCAUAACGAUGGUGGAAACUCAAGCAGUGAACAUACUUCGGUAAAUGCCAAGAAAAGAGAGAAAAGAACUUAUCGUCGCCACACUUUUCAACAAACCCAGAGACUUGAAGCUUAUUUCAUGGAAUGUCCUAAUCCAGAAGAAUCACAACGGCUCAGUUUAGGUGAAGAGCUGAAUCUUGAGCCAGACCAAAUCAAAUUUUGGUUUCAAAACAAGAGAACUCAAAACAAAACUCAGAUUGAAAGAAAUGCUAACAUCUUACUUCGUGAAGAAAAUAAAAAGAUCAAAUGUGAAAACGAAGCUAUGCUAGAGGCUUUAAGGAUCGUGACUUGUCCAGAUUGUGGUGGUCCUCCUCUUGGUGUAGAACGCGGCCACAAUUUCCAAAACUUGAGUCUAGUAAACACUUUUCUCACAGAACAGCGUGACGAAAUGGCAAACACUGUAUCCAUGAACCAGCACCAACAAAACAUGGUGAACUUAUUCGCUUCUGUUCAGGGACAACAAAUCUUUGAUACUCACACCUCGUAUGGAACUAUUCCAAACAGUCUCAUGAACGAUCCAUCGAACUCAGUAGGAUCAUCAACUUCUCAAGACAUCCAACUACAACUGAUAUCCCAAAUGGAUAUAACGCAAUUGUCUGAAACUGCGACAAGAGCCGUUGAAGAGCUCAAGCGGCUAUUUGUUACGGAAGAUUUGUGGGUUAUGUCGUCUAUCGAUGGAACAUAUGUGAUUGACCAAGAGAGUUAUGAGAAGUUCUCGCACUCGAUCAAACAUUUCAGGAAAUUGAGUGCUCGUGUCGAGUCUUCCAAAGAUGUCACGGUGGUUCCUAUAGAAGCAACGAACUUGAUUGAAAUGUUCUUGGAUUCGGAAAAGUGGAAAAGUCUUUUUCCAACGAUCGUGGCCAAGGCCAUGACGAUUCACAAGCUCGGAUCCGAGCUUCCCAUCAACGAAAACUGCAAUAACUUGCAAGUGAUAUGGGAGAAACUACACAUUCUGUCGCCGCUAGUGCCACCAAGGGAGUUUAUGAUCGUCAGGUGCUGCCAAAAGAUCGAUGAAGGGAUCUGGAUUGUUGCUGAUGUGUCACAAAGAAUCGUUGACUCUGACCAAAUCAACUCUUUUUGCUAUAAACGUCCUUCUGGCUGUCUCAUCAGAGCAUUUCCCGGUGCUCACUCCGAGGUAACAUGGAUAGAGCAUGUGGAAGUUGACCAUAAACCCGAUGCACAUUGGUUAUAUAGAGAGCUUUUAUGUGGCGGCUCAGGAUACGGGGCUAAGCGUUGGACCACCACUCUGGAAAGAAUGUGUGAGAGGAUGGCUCUCUCCUCCAUCCUAACCAUUCCGGCUACUGACUGGAGCGAAGCUAUAGCGACAGUGGAAGGCAGAAUGAGUGUAAUGAAAUUAGGGGAAAGAAUGGUGAUGAACUUCAACGAGAUGCUGACCAUGUCCGGGAAAGUUGACUUUCCACAGCAGUCCAAAUGUGGAGUCAGAAUCUCGAUCAGGAUGAACCAUGACUCCGGUCAACCAUCCGGUUUAGUUGUCAGUGCUGCGUCUUCUUUCUCAGUUCCGAUCACUCCUUUGCAAGUCUUCGACAGCCUGCUAAACAAUGAGACUCGUCACCAGUGGGACGUUCUUUGCUAUCGAUCCGCAGUCUCUGUGACCGCUCGCAUUCUCACCGGAUAUAAUGAAAACAACUACAUCACCAUUCUCCAGCCCACACAAAGAGAGGAUGAUGUCAUAUCUAUGUCACAAGGCCCAACGAGGAACAUGAUGAUGCUACAAGAGUGUUACAUGGACGCAUUAGGAGGCAUGAUAGUAUACGCUCCUCUCGACAUGGCUUCAAUGAGUCUCGCUACUUCAGGUGAAGUCGACCCUUUGAAAAUUCCAAUCCUUUCUUCUGGUUUCACCAUCUCAAACGAUGGCCGGCGAUCCAUGGUGGCUGAGGAGGGUGGAACUAUACUCACGGUGGUCUUUCAGAUCCUUGUCUCUGAAGACAGAAGGAUAAGAGGGCUGACUGAGCAGUCAGUGGACACGGUGACGAGUUUGAUCAGCUCCACUGUUCGAAACAUCAAGCUCUUGCUCAAUUGUCCUCUUGAGUGAGAAUGGAAGAUUCUCCUUUUCUCUUUUUUUUACAACUGUUUGAGAUGUUUUUAUUUAUUUUCGGAUUUUGCAUGAUUUUCUAUUGGUUAUGAUGAUUUUUAAGGACAUGUUUAUGUUUUUAAUUUAAUUUUUUUCGGACCUUUUGGUUGGUUAUAAUAAUUAUCCCAUAGUUUGAAUGAUAUAUGUUUUGAUUGUAAUGUUAAGUCAUUGCUCAGCAAAGCAAAUGGGACUAUUUUCGUUUCACAAAAAAAAUGGAAAUAUUUUCAAAGGAAAAAGAAUUUAGUGAACUCGAAAACAACACCAUAUAUUGAUGAUUUCGUAUAUAAAAUGUUUGAAAUUAGAGAAAUAGAUAAAUGGUGAAAUUAUUGUUAGCUAUAUGUAGAACUAAAUAACAGUUCAAAAACAUAUAAACACUUUUUCAAAAAAAAAAACAUAUAAACAUACUGAAAAAAUCAUAACACUGUCUUUGUCAAGUGUCAGUCCUUCAUGCAUUCCCAAAUGAACCAAAAUAUAGAUGCAUAUUACUAAUAUAUUUCUUUUAUUUAUAAAUGAGUUAGUAC